GCGGAGCCGCCGCUUUCCUGCCGGCUUUCUCUGUGUCUUCUGCGUCUUUCUUCACCUCGCUGCGUUUCUCUACCCGGAGAGAUGAGCAUCGCUGACCGGUAGCUGACAGCCCAGCACACUAAACAGAUCAUAUGUUCAUAGAGGAAUUUGUAGAAGAUGAUGAGGAACCACCUCUGCUGCUCCGCUCCCGUCUUUCUGAUGCUGCUGGGUCCAUGGGGGGCUCUGGCUGGACUGCCGUGUCAGUGGGGAGAGGAGUGUGCAUGUCUGCGCUGUCCAGCUGGACAGGAGCCGUCUAUGGCUUGCGGGGAGGUGGAGGGUCCUGAUGUCGUGGUGGAGUGUCACAUCUGUCCCCCAGGUACUUUUUCAGACAUCAACGGCCCGGAGCAGUGCCACCUGCACACGGCCUGCAGGAGCCUGAACCGCUGGACUGUGGCCCCACCCACCUCUCACUCCGAUUCAGUGUGUGGAGCCUGUCUGCCAGGGUUUCACCCUCUGGCUCCACGGGAAGGAUCCGCCCUGCCCGCCUGCGUGACAACAUCGUCUCUGAAGCGUCUGAAGCGCAAUGCGGGUAAGAGCGCCCCCCACGGGUCUGGAGUUGGUGUUGCGAAUGCCACUAAUGUGCGCAGCCCUGAGGAGAAAAGUACGGAGUAUGCAGUGUUUGCUCUGGUGCCCAUCUUCUGCGUAAUGGGUCUGCUGGGGAUCCUCAUCUGUAACCUGCUGAAAAAGAAGGGCUACCAAUGCACUGCAGAGAAAGAGUCUGGAGACGAGGAGGCAGCAGCAGCACCUCAGAAAGAAGGUAGCCCUUGUCCUUACAUCAUAGAGGAUCCUAAUGAAGACACUAUCAGUGUGCUGGUACGACUUAUCACAGAAAAGAAAGAAAAUGCUGCUGCUUUGGAAGAGCUAUUACUGGAGUAUGAGAGGAAGCAGAUGGCCAUUAGCAAAGCCACAGCCAUCAAGUUCCCUGUUCUCCCGCAUUUGGCUCAGUUCCGCUCUCUGCCCAGGCUGUGCACCCACCAGCAUCAUCUCCACACUAUUAAUGGCCUGGCCCCUCGCACUGGUCUCUGCUGUUCCCGCUGCAGUCAGAAGAAAUGGCCUGAGCUGCUGCUGCCCCCACUGACCCUGACCAACGACCCCAAGAUAGCAGCCUGCAGUCCAACCAAGCCUCUGCCUGCUGAGUGCACCAUCCUGUCUGUGGGAAGGUUCCAGGUGGCUCAGAUCCCAGAAGGUAGUCCGGUUUCUGUGGUGACGACACCAGUGGAGUCGAGUGACACGGACUCGGUGGAGUCGGGCAACACUGAACCUGUGGACGAGAGAUCGCUGCUGGCCGUGUCCACUUCCUCUAACUCCACUUCCUCAAAGUCCAGACAGGAGAUGACUGAGUGAAUGGAUGUACAGAACAAGAAGAGAAACCUCCAUCAAACCAGCGUCACUAUUUCCAGGACCACCUCAUCCGAGGGCUGCAGAGGAAGGGUCAGGGCCGAAGCAAGAUGCUAAUAGUAUUCACCCCCAUGGGGAGUUAACCUUGAAUUCCUGUGAAAGAGGAAUCUGUAUUUAUUACGGACGUAAUGCAACUCUUUUAUUUUAAGAAAGCUAUUUGCUUCAGGCCUUUCGAGCGAGAGCAGGUGUUUACCACUGUGGGAAUUUCUGUGCUUCCGGAAAACACUAAGGAAGAGUCCGGAUGGGAAAACCUCACUGCACUAUGCGGUGUGAAAAUACCACUGCUUCCACGAGACCUAGCAUGACAUAAUGUACACAUAGGGAUAGAGAGCUGUUCAUUUUUUUUAAGUUUUUUUUUAAAUUAUUAUUUUUAAAUAAGAAGUAAGCAAGCAUUCUGGGAAAUGUAGUGCAGAUCUUUAAGUCAUUUAUAUCAGUUCUGCAGCAUGUAGAUGUAAUCAAACCAACUUUUUAAGGCAAAUUUUUUUCCAGCAAUGUAGAAAAUUUAUUGCUUAUAUCUUGGAUGUAAUCUUUAAUUACUGAAGAUUAGAUAUACAGUAGAUGUAGAUUAUAAUCAUUACUGACAGGCACAGACAUGCUUCCUAUCUUCCUGUGCUCUUUGGAGCGUUCUCAACAUUUAGCCUCCUUACUGUCCAGCCUCAAACAGGUCCGACUUAUUUUGACGCUACAAUGUAAAUAUGUACAGUGUAGUAUGUAAAGAAACAAAGCUGGUAUUUUCUAAUAAUAUGUAUUGAGCUCUUUCACUGUACAGACAUGAGUGCUGGCUUUAACAGUGUGGCGCUGCUCAUUUCAAUGCUGGCCUUUUAGCUGUGCUCCUAUGAUUAGGAAAAGAUAAUCUUUUCAUUUUGACUCUAAAUGUCUGAUUUGCCUGAAUAGCAUCAUCGAAACUUUCAGUAUAGUGUCAGCCGCCACCUGUGGCUGGACUCCAACUACUGCGGUCAUCAUCAUUUUUCUCUCGGGAUGUUUUUAAUAGAUCAGAAAGCUCAACUAUGUUACGAGACAGCACUGGAAAAGCUGCUGCUGUUGAGUAUUAGUGUCUGAGUGGUGACUUCUCAGUCCUGGACCUUUCACAUAUCCAGUUAUUUAUUAUUUUAUCAAGCCCUUGUGGUAUUUAUGCUCACUGAUAAUCCACUGUGUUUGGCUCAGGGGGAGUCAGAGGAAGACUUUUCAUGCUAGUCAGGCCUUUACCAUUGAUAUAGUUCUAGUGUAGGGGUGUCACAGUGAGGUCGAUGAGGGCCGCAACACUGCAGAGUUUAUUACCCAACAUUUUCAGAAUUUCUGCAUAAUUCAGUAAUAGAGAUGCAGAGUCAUUCAGAGUAGUUUGGUGUGAAAUGCUUGAGAUGUCUUUACAGUGGUGGUGAUAGGAACCAGGGGUCACCAUGACUACAA